UGACAGCUCGACCAACAUAAUUUAAUCAAACAUAAAACCUGACCAAUGGAUUGGACUAAAUUUAAUAUUCAUCUUAUUCAGAUGGAGACAUUCUAUUUCUAAUCUCACAGACGAUGAUACACGUUAAACAGACACAACUAUCAGAUCGAGCGGAACGUAAAAAAUCCAGCUAGGAACUAUUGUGAAUUAUUGUUUCCGCGAGCAACUAAAAUAGACGAACAAAGUUACACAGGCAGAGGGCAAUCGAUGGAGCAAACCUGUAUUCACUGUAUGCACUGUUGAAUUAAUUUGGCGUGUUACUCGUGAGAAAAUGAACCCAGUUUUAAGAAAGGUUGAAGAUGUGUACUAUUGCAGGUUUCAGAAAUACGACACACUGGGAGUCUGGACCAUGCAUUGUCAUUAUUCAGGUCCUCGGAUUUCAUGUUAAGGACGCUCUUUGGGGGCUGUUCUGUGACCAUUGAGAGAUAUUAUAAAUCCAUGCCAACUCAUGGUAUAGGAAGAUACAAGUACCUCCUCCCUAAAGAAGCGCCUAAGAAGAAAAAAGACAAACUUCAAAUGAAACAGAUUAAAGCGGCAACCAGUACAGCGUACGGAAUGCUUAAUGUGUCAGUGUCCGGAUAUGAUAUGACUCUGGUGGAACACUACUCCCAGUACAUCCAUAAUCUAUGCAACCGCUUCAAUGUCUCAGUAGAUGAAAGCUAUGCUUUACCAACCAAGACUACAGAGAUGAUGAUCAUGCAAGAGCAAGGCACCAAGAUGUACGUGGAUGCCAUCCUGAAGACUCAUGAAAGAGUUGUUCAGAUCAGUCAGUUGAAUGCAGCGUUUUGUCCCAUUUUCCUGGAAGUGCUCUUGAGAAACCAACCCGAGGGAGUCCAGCUUUCCGUGAAGGAGCAUACCGAAGCAGACUACCUCACACGCUUCAAAGCUCGACCAGAACUUGAGGGACUGAUUGCACAAAUAAGUUAGACAAAUGCUUGUAUCUUACCUUUCUGUAUUUUUGUCAAACUUACAUACAAAAUGUUUAUAUGUUGGUGUGUUUCAGGUAAUAAUUAAAUACAUUUUUAUUUAAAACUAAA